UUUGGAUGCAAAUAUCACGGCUUUGUAACUCUACUUGUCUGAGUUGGAUGUAGUUCGACGCUCCAAAGUGGAUUUAAAAAGCGCAACACGCAGGAGCUUCAGUGUAAACACGCGUCCUGACUUAAGACGACGAAUAAAAUAAGUCUGAGUGACUAAAGUCAUCGGAAUAUGUAUUUUUCAUGCAUCUAAUGCUUUACUGGAGGAAUUUAUUUUCAUUGCAAUGCACACUGUCUGUCUUGUGCAUCCUCUACACAGCCUGCUAAGAAUUUGACUCGAAAUUGUGACAAAUGUGAAAGAAAAGAAAUCAUGUCUUUUUAAAUGAUGACAGAGAAAGGUUGCAUGGGGGUAUCCUGUAGGAGGAGUUCUUUGUGACCAAACAAGUAACGGAUUUUCCCUUAUAAAAAAGGAAAUUGAGACCGGACCGCUCAAUGAACAGCAUUUUCGGACCUCGAGGUACAGGUAGAUGUGUUGUCACGCACAACCAAAGUACCUGCGUCCAUUUUUUUCCCAAUCAGCAAUCAGCCAUUGUUUUAGUGCCUCCUUAGAGCAUCUGUAAUAAGAGACAUGCUUGUGAGCGCAGGCACUCGUUGAUGAGAAACCCUCCUCGAACGCUGGGUUGCCUGCUUCCCUGCCAGCUCAUCUUAAGCUUCAUGGGUUGAACCACCAGAAUUUCGAUCUUCUCUCCAUUCUCUCCUUCUCUUCAUCCUCCGCACGACCCCCUUAACUCCCCCUCUCAGUCCUACACCCCUGCUCUGUCUACUCCCUUUGCCAGAACUACCACCAGCGUGAUGGCUUGUUGCGCCUCGGGCUUGUUUGGACUUGUAACCGCAGCAUCACCCUCCACUACACCGACUUGCGGGCACAGCAGCUACUAGAGUGAAAGAGACAGAGGGACGGGGGGGAGGGGGGGCGGGGCGGGACGGGACGGAGCAACAGACAGAGAAAGAGAGUAGUGCCACAGGAGGGAAGAGGGAUCAUCCUUUCCGGGAUCUGAGGGAUUCACCUGUCCCACAGAGGAAGCCCCCAGCCACCCCCCUCUGCCCCUCCCCCACCUGAUCCAUCUGGUUGCAGGGGGGGACCCUGCGUGGCCGGGAAGGCAACAGGGACUAUGCAGCUGGGCCUGGUGGCGCUGGCAAUGAUCUUCCUCAGCUCCAUGGGUCACAGCGAUGUUCUCAAGCUCUCCAAGGCGAGAAGGCAGAGACGGGUUAGUACUGAGGGGCCACCAUCUUGCCCCAAAGGUUGUGACAGAUGCUCUGAGUAUAACGGCUGCAUUAAAUGUAAGCCCAAGCUCUUCAUCUUCCUGGAGCGUAAUGACAUCCGUCAGAUAGGCGUGUGCCUCGCCUCCUGCCCCAUGGGAUACUUUGGCAUGAGGAACCCAGAAGGCAACAACAGAUGCACCCAAUGUAAAAUAGACAAUUGUGAAGCUUGUUUCAACCGCAAUUUUUGCACAAAAUGUAAGGAGGGCUUGUAUUCAUACAGUGGACGAUGUUAUGUCAGCUGCCCUCCAGAUCAGCGCACCGCCAAUGAUACCAUGGAGUGUGUCGGUCAGCGACCUGCAGAAUGCGAACUGGGCGAGUGGAGCCAAUGGAGUUCCUGUAUGAAAAAGAACAAAACAUGUGGAUUUAAGAAAGGCUCGCAGUCUCGGAUUCGCGUGCCCGUUAUGCAGGUCCACAGCCCAGACACAUCCCCUGCAUUUGUGCCCUCACAAACCUGCACUGCGCAGACAGAGAGAAGGAAGUGCAUUGUGGCCAAGACGCCCUGUGCGAGAGAGAGGAAGAGUAAGGGAGACCGACAAGACGAUACGAACAGGAGAGAGAGGGAGAAUUCACGCGGGCGAGGACGAGACGGCAAAGAUGGCGGUAGAGGAGGGGGAGGAGGAGGUGGUGGAGGUGGAGGAGGAGGAGGAGGAGGGGGAGGAGGGGGGAAGAGGAGAAAAGGCCAGAGCAGGACCACCACUGUUCCCACCAUCACAACAAGCUCUGUCUCCUAAACUCUGUCGCCUGCUGGAUGAGGCCUCGAGAGACAAUGCCUCACCCAGCAGCACAGCCACAGACUAAGAUCAAAGUGAUGAUGGAAUGGAUUAAUGCUGCUAUGCACUGUAGAACAUCCAAAAGGAACUGGAGGAUUGCUGCAACACAAAAGGCUUCUCUGAGCUUUCUGAAUAGAUGAACAUAUCUGGAAGAUACUGGUGUCUCAGUGAUACACAGAGGGGCUUGUUGAUUUUCAUUUCACUGUGAGGGAUCACUGUUGGGACUGUAAAAGCCAUGUUUAAGACUGUGGUUCAACAUGGUUCGUGUUGUGAAUUGACCUGUGUCACUUCUUUAACUAAGAACAGAUUGCUGCGUUUCAAGCUGGAAGCCUGAUAAUGAACGAAGGGUCUCUGCAGUCUCCUCUGGUUUAUGAUGUAUUUUGUUCCAGGCUGAUUUUAAUCACAAUCUGUUUUUCACUUGUUUUCAUGUUUGGGAGAGGUGGCAGAUGGAGUUUUUCAACAGCCGCUGUACGUGAUGUAAAGACAUUGAAUAGUAUUAAGUCUUUGUACCUUUAUUUCCUGUAAUGAGAUGAAACAAAAAAGAAAGGCACUGGAAAUCAUUUGUGGUUGUUGAGGACAGAAGGUCUUCUAUGUCUUAUUUUGAGGAGGGACUCUAUUACAAAACAAGCCUAAGAGAUGAGGUAGAGGAGGAUUACCGGGGGCUCAGCUCAUGUCCUUCUCUAGUGUCUUGACACAAACUUUUGCCAUUUGAUAGCUCAGUUGCUUGUUUCAAAUUAAAUGUUCCUAUAUGAAUCAGAAAAUAACUCUGCACAGAAUACAAGGAAUAAAAACACUAGUAUUUGCAUGUGUACAAGGUUGCAUGUGCGUUGUUUCGUGCAUGCAAGUGUGUACGUGUGUCUGAAUGUGCGUGUGUGUGUGUGUGUGUGUUUGUCUUUACCUAAAAUCUGGGUGUUUGUGUACUUUAUAUGCAUUUCUGUAUGGCAUCAACCUGUUUGUCGAUGGAACUUAGAUGUUUGGACGUGUGUGUUUAUGUUUGCACAUGUGUGCUAAUAUUGGUCUCGUAGAUUGAAGGAAUAGGGUCUGGAAAACGAGAGGAAGGAAAUGUAAAUGCACAGUAAUAUAUCAAAUAUGCAGUAUCUACAAGCCACUGAUCAUUAUAUAAGCCAUCAAAUCAUCAGCUGCUCAUUAAUCAUAUCUGUUUGCAACAGGGUCUAAAGAUUUUGCACAACUAUAAUGUUUCCUACUGCUCGAGAUUCAGAACAAUCAUAGCAUUUUACACAUUUAUACUUCAAGCUGGCUUCAUGACAUAGCGGAUGUAGAGAGAUGGGUUUGUUUUUUGGGGGGGGGUGGGGUAGGGGGUCUUAGAAUGUUUUCCAUGGGUCACUUUGCUUUACACAAGAUAUUUCAGGAGAAGUUACACGCUACAUUAUUCAUUCAUACUAUGAAUUGUGAUACAAUGUCAAACUGUGUUUAUCAUCAAACAUAAGUAUUAGUACCAUCAUGUAUAGCUUAUUCUGUGAAAACCUAAAUAAAGUUCAGAUGAAGCUGAUCAAA